AGGAUCUACCAAGGUUACCAGUCAAACGUAUCGAAAAUAUACAUAGGAAUUGGAAAAUUAACUAGUGAUGAGCUGAACAGCCACAAAAAGAAGAUACAAGUAUCUGUGGGACAGAGUAGACAAUGUAAGCUAAAAUGACUUUCAGAUAAAGAAACAUCAUUUAUCAUGCGUCCUCAUCCUACUGACCUUCAUCUGUUUUUUUUCUUCUUUUUUUUCCCUUUUGCUUCAGAAGCAUUUAUCAUGCGUCCUCCUAGACCCCUGUCAUCCCCUACAGCCCGAACCAUCAGCAGACGAACCUAUGGACCAUUCCUGUUCAUAGCUCUCUUUGGCCUSUCUAUAUUUUAUUAUGCAAACUUCUCUUGCGUGACAUGGGGACCAUAUUCACAUCCAAUAGCUGCUAGCUAUUCUAGUAAGACAAACAUAAGUCACGCAACAGUUCGUCAGAAAGCGUUGCCAUGCCUGCGUAACGCAUUCAAGGACGUACUUCUUGUCAUAGUGUACAACUACSCUUACUACAAGAGUAUCAAGCACUUUAAAGACCUUUACAAGCCAGUCUUUCCUUCCAUUGUAUUCUGUGGUCCACCAGACAAAACUGCAGGAAKCUCGGUCAUGUCGGUCAACAUCUACCGCGGAGUACUGGGUUAUGAGUGUUUGGGGCAGGCAAUUCGUCAACAUCCGGGAUUCCAAGGCUAUUUUUACAUCAACGAUGACGUCAUUUUAAAUUACUGGAAUUUUUAUGAUUUCGACCGGAAUCAAAUCUGGCAGUCGCCAAAUGUUUUUAGCUCCACUCCAAUGUAUGGGGAAAUUGAAGAUCCAUGGUAUUGGUGGCGAUCACCUUAUGGGGUGUCCAACUGCCGACARGCCUACGAACACUUAACGAACAUUAGCCUCGGACACCAAGACUUUAGUCUACUGAGAGAAAACAGCAAUGGGAGCCUGCGAUGCUACAGCGGYCGGUCAGAUGUCUUGUAUAUCCCAAAAAGACAUGCGCAGGCAUUUUCAGUCUUAUCUUUUAUCUUCUAUACACAUAAAGUGUUUUUAGAGAUCGCAGUACCAACCAUGUUACGAGUAUUGGAAAAAGCAACGAAUAUCAAAUAUCUGCCGGGUUAUUACAUACCUGGUGACGUCAGAAAAGCCGACAAACGGGUUACAGAUAGCAGGUUUUUCUGGUUUAUCUACCUGACUAAGAAAGAUAACUGGUUUAUUCAUCCAUUUAAACUGCAUCACGAGAAACUGGACAGGAAUUUUAACUUUGUAAUGUUAAAGUACUUUUUGAUUAAAAAAACACGAGAAUUGACCACGUGUGCUUGGCGUAAGAAUAACAUCCCUGAUUCAAGUCACUCGAGAAGUAAUCAGAGUACAAUAAAUGGUUCUUGAUGUGGAAGAAUUAGAGGUUAGACAAGAGACGCACAAUACCCAAUGAAGUUCAAACUCAUUUUUAAAAAAUUAGAAAGAAUAAUGGAGACUGCAAUAACAAGAGAUGAGACAAGAGACGCACGUUACCCAAUGAAGUUCGAACUUAUCACAAAAAUAGAUUAGACUAAAUAAAAAUAACUUUUGGCGUAUUAAA